GUAUCGCGCGCUGAAAAUCCAAACACUGUUCCACGUGCCACGUGAGUUUUCCACACCCCACGGGCUUGAGAAAGCGGUAUCAGUUUUCAUCAUCAUCGUAAUUCACGAUGAACGUAACGAAUACAAAUUUCGAAGAAGUUUAUCCCAAAAUAAAAAAAUCGUUGGAAAGUGCGACCUUCGUUGCGAUUGACGCUGAGUUUAGCGGUUUGCAAAGCGCUGAUAAGAACAUUUCCUACUUGAACGAGAGUUUAUUCGACUCGCCGAAGGAACGUUAUACCAAAUUAAGGAAAAAUAUCGAACCCUUCAUAGCUAUCCAAUUCGGUUUGACUGCUUUCACAUAUGUCAAACACGAAAACAAAUACAAUGCAGAAUCUUUUGAAUUUUAUCUAAUUCCAAGGCCCCUACCGACGAAAAACAGAACUUUUCUUGUGCAGGCUGUGACCCUGCAAUUCCAUACCUUUUACAAAUUUGAUUUUAACGAGUUAGUUUACAACGCUGUGUCCUACUUGGAUGAGAAUGAAGAGACCGCCUUACGUCGAAGCCUGGAGGACUAUUCUUACGCUUGGGAGGCUUCGGAGUCGGGUGCGGAUGAAGGCAGGAAUCAAAUAGAAGAUUGUUUUAACAGAGUGCAGCAGUGGUUGAAGAGUGAGAGCGAAGCAUUGAGCAUCGAAGCCCCUGACUUUGUUGUAUCUUAUAAAACACAAAAGGAAUUGCGCGCCAGUUUCAAAACUAUAUGGACAGAAUGUUCAGGACCAAACAACUUCUCAGUCAUCAAAGUUUCACCUGAGGUUAGAGAGAGCCUGGAGAAAAAAAAUGUGCCUGACAAACUAAACAAAAAGUUGUUGGAUUAUUAUAUCGGAUUCUCUAAAGUAUUCAAAUUAAUAUCAAGUUUGAAGAAACCCAUCGUCGGACACAAUCUCUUUCUCGAUCUCAUGUUUAUGCACAAGCAAUUUUAUCUACCUCUUCCCGAAAAUUAUGAGACGUUCAAAAAAAACGUAAAUCGACUCUUCCCUCUUGUGUACGACACAAAAUUUUUGAGUUUCGAAAUGAAGAAAAUAUUGGGCGAAACAUCUUGGAAAUCAAACGUGCUCGCCGAAUUGUAUAAUUACUACAAAGACGGUCAGGGUCGUUAUUUGGCCAUGAAUUCUCCGUCUAUCGUUCUUUCGUCAGAUUCAGCGAUUGAUUCAGAUAAAUGCAGAGGAAAGUUCCACAAUGCCGCAUGGGACUCUUACUGCACAGGUUAUUGUUUUAUACGAAUGGCCCACAUUUGCGCUGUCAGAAAGCAAAGCAAGGAUGCUGAUAUGAGAAUAUUGACAAACGCUGAGAUUAUGUCCGGUGUGAUGGAGCGAGCGAAUCGAAUUAAUUUGAUCAGAGCCGAUUUAUCGCACUUGCGGCUGGAUGGUCCGGAUCCUGCGUCGACGAGACCCCGGUGGCUGUUGGUACGAGCCUCGACCAAUGAUUUAACAACUCAGCGGAUCGCUCGAGCCUUUUCACGUUUCGGAGCGGUCGACGUCAAGAGAUUCUCGGGAAAUGAAGUUUUAGUCGCCGUUCCAAAUCACGGGGUAUCAAGAGCAAUACUCAAUAACUACGAGGGAAACGCAGAAUUUCGAGUAGUCCCGUAUAAUCCGUUGAGGCACUCGUCCAGAACGAUCAAGGCCGUCGUGUGGGUCGGAAGCCUAUUCCUCUCUGGCGCUGGCAUCUGUGCCUGGAUCCUUCAUCGCGGCGGUAGUGUUACGAGAGGUUGACGUGCAAAUGCUCCGAUGCACCUGUACCAUAUCCGUGUACAUCCAUACAGAAUAUUAUACACAAUAUUAUCUAUAUUUAACGAUGUACGAUCGAGGCUGCUUUCGAGAUACUCAACGAGCAACAGGAUUUUUUCGCAAGCGUCGAUGUCGUCACAGGUUGUACCGAAACGUCCAACGUCGAGUCGCGCUCGCGCGCCAGUCUGUGACGCCGUUGACAACGAGGACGCGUGCCAGGCUCAGCCCAGCGGGCAAAGCACGGCCAGGCAGCAGGCUGUUGCCUCUCUCUCUCCCCGUCUUUCUUUUUCUCUCAUCUCUUAGCAAUGAUACUGACGAUGCUGCUGUUGCUUCUGCUGCUGUUGCUGCUGCUGCUGCUGCUGCUGCUGCUCCCGGUAUUUCAAAAGUUUUCUCUGGCCGCUAUCCAAGGCCAAAAUCCUCGAAAUAACGCGAGAGCAAUUUGUGUGGGCGAACGAAUGUAUCCGCGGAAGGGAGCGCGGUGUGCGACAAGAGGCCAUAAGCUCAACGAGCACGGAACUCGGUUGUACCCGCGGUAUAUCGUCCUAUGAUGAUCUAUCUCUACGUCUAUGACGUUCGUUCGCACAAAAUACUAUUUGUCACCGCGGAGAUAUUGAAGCGCAUCGUAAUUGAGAAAGAUCCCGCCCAGUGGACCCCUCCAAGAGGAAAAAAGAGAAAGGAAGAUGCCGCUCGAGGAGCACUUGUUGUCCCUUGUCCGAGGACCGAAAUAGAGUACGGGCUUGCAGCUAAACGGCGGGUUUUAGCCUUAGACCCGGCUAACCAAGUCCCAGCUAUAAGGCAGCUACCGAUUUGAAAAUACCUCGGCUUUUGGUCCGAAUGUCGUUUCGAAAUUUGUCGUCGGAAGAGCAGCAGAACAGAGGAGAGCACGCGCGACGAAUCCUCGCUUCCCUCCGUCCUUAAUCGAGACUCGAGGCGUAUACACCUGUCGCGCGUCCGACGCUCGGCUCGUUGAAAUAGACGGACAUCUCUCCCGCCGAUGCCGCUGCCGCUGCCGCUGCCGCCGCCGCCGCAAAACCCUCUCACGCACACUAACUUUAAAAUACGCAACUCCCGCGGUCGUAUUAUCCCCGUAAUCCGUGUAAGUAGUACCAAAUCGUUGCUGGUGCGCGGUUCGUUCUACCAUACGGAGCAUAUAUACUCGUCGUCGUCGCUACUUCGGAAGGUAGCGAGGCUGCUUUUUGAGAGUCUGGGACCAUUCGCGGCCGAUCAUACAGCUCCUCCAACUAUUUUGGUUUUACAAGUUUCGAGAGCCAAAAUAGCAUAGCCUAGCCCCUGGCCUAGAGCGCGCGUAGGCUUUCGUCUCCUCGUAACCCAACGGCAGAGCCAGCCGCCGCGCACUUGAAGAUGAUGCCCCUUUCAAAUUCAUCUUCGUACAGCUUUUGUUGCCCAGCUCUCCGACCUCCGCCCCCGCCCCUUCUUCAACUCGCGCAUUCAUCAAACACGCCAACCAACCAUUUUUUAUUUUUCGUUUGUUGUUGUUGUUGUUCGUUUUUUUACGUUGCUUUCCAUUUAAUUCCGUUCGAUUUGUCUAAUGUAUGUACGCCCAGGAAGAUUAUACCGGGCGACCAACUAGGUUAGAAAAUGCUACAAUACCUCUAUUUUUGUUCCCUUUGGAUCAGCUAUAAGUACAUCGCUUUGGCACGACGACUCAUCCGAGUCUUUGGCUCAAGCUUAUUAAAACUCUCGGCACAUUACGUAACUAAAAUAACAACCCUGCGGAACAAACUUGAUUCCAUACUCAGGAUGAGACGCGUCGACUCGUUCCUCUCUCGCGCUCUCUCUCUUACUGGCAAAUAGUUGUUAUUUGAAUGAAAGGCGAAUAAAGCGAAGGAAAAAAAACGCAUCGAUCGAGCACUGCGACGAAGAGUUUGACAAUUCUGUUUGCGCAAAGAAAAAAGCCGAAAUCCGAGGGAUCAAAGAUGAAGUAAAAAAAAUGCGAUGGAGGAAAUCGAAUUGUUUUAGAUUCGACCUAGCUCCGUAUAUGAAUGUUGUAUCCAAAGUAUUGCGAUAGAAAUUUUUUACCCGACAAGGCCGGUGGUGCAGUAGACCGUUGCGCAAAUUCGUUGUUGAUCGACACCGCGCGCGGCUUUCUAUUUGUAAUAAGCGAGACAGCGCUCGCGCCAAAGAUAUACAACAAGUUCGACUCGACAGGACAUCCAACUGUCGAGAUUCAUCCGUCAUCGUCGCGAUUGCCCGGUAUCCCGUCGUCUCCGCUGGCCGCAGCCUCGCAGCCGCUUCUUCCAACGCUCUCUUUUUUCCCUCGUAUAUAUAGCGAACAACGAACGUGUGGCUGAGAUUUGCGUCGUGAUUUACGGAGAUGCUUCCGGUCUUACGAAUCCUCUCUCGGUGCCGGAAUCGCACUGCGCUUCACGAUUCCCAUGUGAUAUAUUAUUAUGAAUUUAUGGGAGUGUUUAGCAAGUUUCCGGAGUCGUUAGGGGCGGCGAACACGCGCGGGCUCGGAAAUCGCGGCACGAGCGAGCUUGCAGGGUCGUUGGGGAGGUUACGACGCGCCAAGAAAUACGGUUUCGUGCCACAAAACUUUUUCAUUCUCGAAGGUUGACGACGCGCGGAGAGGCGAAUAGAAAAUUAAAAAAAAAACGUCAAAAACCGAUGGCAAAAGAAAAAAUACAGUGAGAAAAAGAGAGAGAGAGAAGGGGACAGCCGGGUGAGGCUGGCGCGCGGCCAGGAACGGGGCGCGCGGCAAGCACGGGCGAACUGCGAACAGCGAGUCUCCCUUGUUCGUGCUCCGUCCACCAGGUAGCGACGUCGAGGGGUAUUUAAACGAAUUUACACCAUGUCCGGUGCCCCGUUUCGCUCACAAUCGCAGUAGCGCCGGUACCCAACCUCGUGUUUCGCCGGAAUCGUUUUUUUUAUUCGACAACGCGUUUACGACACGGCCCGAGCCCUGCUCGCGCGCUCGGCUCGUUCAUCGCGACAAAUCGGACCGAGCAAUCGGCAAUCCAACUGAGCGAUUUACGGCGAGAAUGUACCAAAGGGAGUAGGCACGGCGCAACACCGGGUGUACCAAAUAAUCAUUCUGUUCAAUAUUCACAUAUCCUAAAGCUUUAAAUUUCUGGGCUUUUGUUGUUGUUGUUGUUGUUUUUUUUUUUUUUCUUCAACGAGUGCAACGCCCGUGGAUUUUCCUCCGCGGAACCGUGAAUAUCUCCUAUCGUCGGGAUAUAGCUCGUCUA